CGACUUCACCAUGGCGCCUCUUCGACUGGUUUUGCAAAGAGCUUCCCCUCGCGUUGCCAUUUUGGCAACGCGUGGUAUGGCAACUGAAAAACAGAUUUUCAAUCAGAUCCAGUCGACAAAGAAUCUUAGCAAGAUUACUAGCUCGAUGAAGAUGGUUUCCGCUGCCAAGCUCAAAGGUGACGAAAAUCGUCUCGCUCGGGCCGUUCCGUUCAAUGGUUGGACGUCCGAACUUGGUGGUGCGCCGAAGUUGGUGGAGGGUGCUACUUUUGAUGAGCUACCGCAGAAGGUAUUGAUCGUUCCGUUCACUUCUGACAAGGGACUUUGCGGCGGUGUCAACUCUUACAUCACGCGUGCAGUGCGCAAUUGUAUUAAGAAGCUUCAGGCUCAGGGAAAGGACGCAGACAUUGUCCUGAUUGGAGACAAGGGCCGUGCUCAGCUUCGUCGUUUUCACCCGGAGAAGAUCGUUCGAUCUGCUACUGAUGUUGUAACACCCGGAACCUAUGCCCUCGCUUCUGGGCUGGCAUCGGAACUCAUAGCGUCCGGCGCAGCGUCUGACUACGAUGCUGUUGUUAUCAUAUACAAUUCCUUCGUCAACGCUGCCACUUACAAUCAGAUGUACAAGGUUGUAACUCCGUUUGUUACGAUGUCCGAGACUGAAGAGAGUCUUUCCGGCUACGAAUUCGAUGGCGACAAAGCUGAAGCCAUGGAGGAUUUGUACGAGUACAUGCUUGCCUCGCAGGUGUUUCACUCGUUCAUGGAUUCCGCCGCUUCGGAACAGUCGUCGCGCAUGACUGCGAUGGAGAACGCUUCCAAGAAUGCCAACGAGAUGGUAGACUCUCUGACCUUGAAGUACAAUCGUGCUCGUCAAUCUCGUAUUACGACGGAACUCAUUGAGAUUAUCUCUGGAGCUUCGGCGCUCGACGGCUGAGUAUAGUACCACAACUAAGAAUCUAAUUAUAUUUUGACCAAGC